AUGGCAAAGGUAGAGAAGGAAUCAUGGCGUUGCGGCUGGUGUUGGAGACUUUGCAAGCAGAGCCACAACCGUUGUCCGGAUUGUGGCACCUACUGGGAGGAUCGAGACACCACCUACGUCCAUCAGGCACGGGGAGCCAGUCCGCGGCGACGGCAGCAGCAAUGGGACAAUGGAGAUAUGAAUACAUGGAAUCAAUGGUCGAAUCAAUGGCCUCAUCAGCGACAGCAGAGACCCAAGUCGCCAAGGAGGAGUCAAAGUCGAGGUCGCAAAGGCAACGGCAAGGGGAAAGGCAAGGCCAACACGUCGUACAAUACGACCGAGCCUCAGUUUGGCCCAGCAGCCCUCGGGAUCCAACUUCCGGCACCGCCUUGGCAGCCGACACCUUCGACUGCGAGCACUGUGGCUGGCGCAGCUCCUCCUCCAGCCCCAGCAUCAACAAGCGAUGCUCAGCUCAGAGGCUUUUUGAACGAGAUGAAAAAGAUCCCGGAUAUGCCUGCAGAUGCACAUGCUAUCAUGCAGAAGUAUGCCAAGAAGCAGCGCUCCGCUACCACCAAGACCAUGCAUCAGUCGGUGACGGACCUCAGCGAAGCUCGGGAGGACUUGGAUCAAGCCCGUCUUGCUCGACAUCGCCUGCAUGGAUCCUGGAGAACGUUUCUUGGAGAAGCCUUGGAAAUGUGGCAAGCAUAUACCGAGGGGUUCAAACAGCAGGAGGCUGCCCUUUUGGCACGAAUCGAAGAAGCUCAGCAGAACCUCCACUCUGCCAAGGAGGUCUUCGAGGAAUGCCGCAGCGCUCUCAUCGAUUUGUCCAAGAGCGACCAGCAGCUGAUCGAAAGUGCCGAAGCGGCGAUGUCUACCGAGCCUGUGGACGAUCCCGCAGUUGCCCGGCUUCAACAAGACUUGGACUUGAUGCAUGGCCAUCUGACCAAUUUGAAAAGCAGUGCAGAAGCCAUGGCCGUCGACUCCAACAACUCUGCCAAGAGACCCCGCCUGAACGAGCCCACAGAUCUCACAGGCCUGGUAGCCUCGGAAGUGAGCCAUGCUGCCAUUUUGGCCUGGACUCACUCAAUUUGGGAGGAACCAACAUUCACCACGGUUUGGCAGGCAUCUUUCCGUGCAUUGUGCUUGUCGUUUGACCUUGGUACAUUGCAGCCCAGCCACCGUCAUGCAGUUGAGCGCCACACUUCACGCCCUGCUUUGGGAAGCAGUCGACAGGUGAAGUUCAAUCCAAUUGUUUCCGUUGCGCUUAGCCCUGACGUUGAUUGGACGCUGCACAGUUUUGAUAUCUCUGAGGCAUCGCUUUCUACAUGGAUUGAUAAGCCCUGGAGUGGAAAACGUAUCAGCAAGCCACGUUCCCAUCGCAAUGCUGAUGAUCGACAUUUUCCUCUACGGCAUCUUCCAGUUGAUGGACAAGCGCAUGAUGCUCAGCAAGAUCAGCCCCCUCCACCUAUUGGACCAUUUUUGCACGAAGCUCCGCAAUCGAUCCAAGACCUCUUUCAAGCCUUCAUAGCAGAAGAUCUCAUUGAGGGUGAAGAACUUCUUGAGCCUGUUCGUCUUCGUAGUUGGUAUGUCCAUCACCGUAGGGUACCUGAAUGGAACACACCCCGAGUCCAAGAACUUCAAGGGCAUUGGCGCUUUUGGGCAGCUGACAUCCUUGCUGGUUGGGAUGACCAAUUGUAUCAGGAUGAAGAUGUUGCGUUGGCACUGGUGUUUCCCAAUCCACCACGAACCAAUGAUGUGAUGCGUCCAGUGUUGUUUGAUCUGCUAGUGAUUCAAGGACUUGACCUGCCCCGACGUGCUUGUCUGGCCACAGUCAUCAGAUUCCAAGAUCCUCAACAACGCGCUGAACGUUCGCUGGCUGUCUCACUUCCAUACCUUGUAAGUGCCAAGUAUGUUGCUGCCCGAGCACAUCCUGUACAAGACUGCCGCUUGGACGAUUGUGCUGUUCGUCAUGGGCGCACACAGUUACCAUGGAAUGAUGUCCCAACACAUGAUGCCCGUGACGGUCAAAGUUUUAUCAUCCGGCGACUUCCUGGUGCUGCCGCUGCCAGCAGCUCAGCAAUGCCUGCCAUCUCCACUGAUGUUUCUGGCGCUCGGCCAACUGCUGAUGAUAAUGAUGAGCAACGCCAGGACACAAAUGACAACGAUUUGGACUAUGACUCCAAUGUGUCGAUGGCCUCGACAGUUGAUCGACAGUCUGUCUUUGUGUAUCGACUUGCAGCUGCGGAACUUUUUGACUUUCCUUUGGCUGGCCGACUUAUUCCUGGCUUGCUUCGAGGUGAUGAUCCAGAUGCGGCUCCAGCCCGCGUGCCAACCAACAAUGUUCACAUUCGAAGCCAAUCACUCCGUGGAAUCCGCCAGCACAAAAAUGGCGAAGAACAUGAAUUUGAUGACUUUCCUGUUUCUGAAAGGAGCCGACGACCAGCUGCUCUUGCACUGCCUGAUGUGGACUGGACUGGUCAAUGGCAACAGCAGAGUGCACAGCUCAUGCGCAUCGAAGGUGAUCAAGAAGUCAUUGAUGGCCCAUUUUAUUUGUAUUUGCAGACUUGGUUCAUUCACCAUGAAGCUCAUACAAUUUGCCGUCAUCCCCGACCUGUGCGACUGACCAAUGAAGUCAUUUCCUGGUCGUAUGACUUACGACAAACUUGGAGCGAUUUGUUGGAGCGAGGUCGUGCUGUGCGAUUUUAUGUAGUACAGCCCACGCCCAUGCGAGCACCAUUGCAAUCUUAUGCUGGCCAUGUUCUGCUUGAACAAGCUCCUCUGAAUGGCCGUGCUGCUGUUGUUGUGUCAACACUUUUCGAGUCAUUGCAAGGGAAUGCCUUGAUGCAAUUUGCCAAAUCGUUUCCACGCUUUGUCACUGCUGAAGAUGUGAUUGAGGAGUCUGAGUUGACGCCCCAUUGUUCCAUUCGACCUUGUUCAGUUUGGAUUGGACCUCGUCAACUGAACAUUGCUGUUGCGACAGAACUCUCAUCGGGCCAAGGCCUACGAGUCCAUGUCAAACCAGUUCCAUAUGAUGGCAGUGACCAGCUGCCGCCACCCAUCGUCUAUGACAAUGCGGAAGGGGUCUCGCUUUUGCAGACCACAUCCCUGAAGAAUGAGUGCUCUACAUGCCAACAUCACACUGACCACGAAGUUCGUCAGACAAUCCAUGAAUGCCAUGUGAGAGCAGCACAAGAUCCACCACCACCUCCACAUGAGGAAGACCAACCCCUCUUUGUGCAGCAGAUGCUGAAUGCUGUGCGUUUAUGGCGGCAACAACAAGGUGAUCAAACUGAUGGAAUGUUCCAUAUCGCUGUCUGGUACUCGAAUCACAUCACUGAUCGUCGUUCUGAUGUAUAUCGCACUGUACGUCUUGGUGGUGAUUUCAUGAGCUGGCGACGGCGUAUCAUCAAUAUUUGGAGCGAUCAUGUCCUUGCUGAUCAGCCUCUUGACAUUGCUGUCGUUGAGCCCACUCCAAAUGAUGGAAAUGACCAAAUUGUGAUCCAUGUUGUCAUUAUCCAACAGCCGCUUCCUGAGAUUUACACUGUGAUUCUCUCGGUUGUGGAUUUGUGGGGUGAUCCGUGGUAUCCUCGUUUGAUCUGCGACAUCCUUCCCGCUGAUGCAGAUGUUGCUCAGGUCACACUGGCGGCUGGUGUGUCAACUCAAUGUCCUCCUUUUGCGCCCGGAGCUAUUUGCACUGUCUGGCAUGGUGAACAGCGUCUUGUUGAUCAAAUUGGUGCGGUCCUUCAUCAUGGUGCUGCCUUUCAUGUUUCUGUGGAUCUGGACCGUGGCUUCUUAGCCCCUGCCACAUUCCCCAUGUCGGACAUUGAUUCUGUGGAUGCGAUCAACAUGUUGCAAACACGAGUUGUUGCGAUUCAGAACAAGUUGAACACCCUGCUAUUGCUGCGUCAUGACUCUGGUUCAGUACCAAGUGAACCUGUCAUGCAGAAUGAGACUCCUCAGGUGCCACCACAACAACUGGUUCUUGCAGAGCUGAUUCCACAUUGUGUUACAGUUCUUCGUACUCCAUGUCAACGAGUUGAACACUUUGCCAACCAGCUUCUGCUUAUGAACAUUGGCCCAAUUCAGCCCUUUGCCAGUGUUGUCCAGUGGCAUUCACAGACGCAAUUAGCCAGAUGUCAAACCAGCGACUGGACUGGAGCGAUGCCUUUGCGGAUUUGGUUUUACACAGAUGGCGCUUCUUGCUUUGCUCCUGAUGAAGGUGCUCGAACGGCUUCUGCUUCGGUGGUCAUGAUCAUUGAAACUAGUUGGGGAUACCAGUUUGGUGGCUUUCGAGCUUGUCUUGUUCCACAACCUGCAACGGCACCUUUAGCCGAGCAUGUUGCCCUGCACCUUGCUACACUUUGGUGUCUUCAGAUGCUUGAAUGGUGCACAUGGACCUAUGGUAAGAGCAACAUCCCAGUAGUUUUCGCCUUUGAUUGCCUUGCUGCUGGAGCUGCUGCCCAAGGAAGAUGGCUUUGCCAAUACCACGCCAACCUGCAUCGUCGCACGAGGGCCUUGCAGCAAUGGAUUGACUGCCGUUUCCACUGCCCCACAGAGUUUCUUCAUGUCCCGAGUCACCGGGGUGAUCCCUGGAACGAAGCCGCUGAUGCAAUUUGCUGGGCUGCUGUUCAUGGAUGGAUUCCGGCCUUUGACUUUGAAUGUCUUUGCACCACGCAGCUCACACCAUAUGAUGAUGUCGUUGAAUGGCUUUGGUUCUGGCAAAACGCUUGUAGUGGCGUCGUGGGAUACCCUUGCAUUCGUGAUGGUGCUUUUUGCUUUCAGAUUGAGCAUAGCGACCUCCCGGCGGUCAAUGCCUCAGAGCACACUCUGGCUCGAUUUCAAGCUGAUCAACAUGAAGGACCACGCCCGACCUGUGAAGCGACUUUGAGAGUUGCCACUGCCAAUGUCCUCACGCUGUAUCCCAACAAAUCGGCGCAAGGUGGAUUUGUUUCUGCUCGUCAUGAGGCCCUCAUGCACUCGUUUCAUGAGAAAGGGAUUCAAAUUGCUGGCAUCCAAGAAACACGCUCCCGGCUGCAAGGCCAUCAUGAGACGGAGUUUUACCAUGUCUUGUCAGCACCAGCUUUGCAGAAGGGUCACUUUGGCGUCCAAAUUUGGGUUGCAAAGGAGAUUGCACACCAAUCUGGCAUUUUGCAUGUGCGCGUUGCUCACCUUCGAAUUUUACAUCAGUCUGCUCGCAAGUUAAUUGUGCGACUUUCUGUAGAUGGCCUCAAGAUGAUCCUGGUAUCAGGACAUGUUCCUUGCAUGCCUGACGAAGCUGCUGCCCAGCAAUGGUGGCACCAUGCUCUCACAGAGAUCCCAGCUGCCUAUCGAUCUUGGCCACGAAUUUUGCUGAUAGAUGCAAACGCGAGGGUGGGCUCCCUGACAUCCUCUGCAAUUGGGUCGCACCAAGCCAGUGAUGAAAAUGCUCACGGAGAAAUGAUACACCAAUGGCUGGUUGACAAUCAGAUGUUUGCUCCUCAGACCAUGGAAGAACACCAUAUUGGUGAUGCAUCCACGUUUGCGCAUGCUACUGGCACGGAAGGCCGCAUUGACUUUGUGCUCAUCGAUGAAUGCCUCCGCCAUCCUGCUCUGAGAACCUUUGUCAUGGAUAUUGAUUUGACGUUGCAUCGCCCAGAUCACUAUGUGGUUGCUGCAGAUGUCCCAAUUUCUUUCUGGCAAAGUGCACGAGCUCCGCGACCACGUUUGACUCAACCUCAUGGCCAUGAACUGACAGUGACCGCCCCGCCUGCUGUUCCAUGGUCGGUGGAUGUACAUUCACAUGCCGUGCAUAUUCACCGUUGGUUGCAACAAUGUCAACCACGACGCAAGAAUAUUCCGCGGAAGCGACAUCUGCAAGACGCCACGUGGGAGUUGAUUCAAUCCAAGGCGUAUCAUUGGAAACGGGUGCGACAGAUCCGGCAUACCCUUCGGAUCAUGACACUGCGUUGCAUCUUUGACAGCUGGCGUACUGCACCUGCUUCCUCAUCUCUUCCUGAUUCUGGCUCUUGGAUGAAACAUGGGCACUUUGAUCUUGCAUGGCACCUCCGAUGCCAUCAACGACUAUGUGCUACUGUUGCACAACGUGUCCGUCAAGAUGACAAUGAGUACUACCAGAACUUUGCGCAGUGCCAUUCAGAUGAAUCGCUGCCCAAUUUAUGGAAGACUCUGAAACCUCUGCUACCGAAAGCUGCGGCCAAGCGCACCAACAACUUGCGUUGUGUAGGGCCAGCUACAACGGACAUUGUGCAGCAUUUUGAUGGCUUGGAAGCUGGUGAAGUCACACCAUACUCCCACCUUUUGCUUGAUUGUCAUCGUGCACAACAAGAAGCCCUGGCCGAUGCCCCGCUGGUCAUCCCCAUUGCCGACCUCCCAUCGCGGAUUGACAUCGAGCGUAUAUGCUGCAAGGCCAAACGGGGAAAGGCACCAGGCCUGGACCAUGUCACUGCUGAAACUCUCCGCACUUGUGCGCUGCCAGCUUCUGAUGCGUUGCAUCAAUUGAUACUGAAGGCCUAUGUGCAAGGUGCUGAACCUCUUCAGUGGAAAGGAGGAAAGAUGCAUGUGAUACCAAAGAAAGCCUCAAUCCUCAGAGCAGAUGCCAUGCGUGGCAUCAUGCUUUUGACCACAUGUGGUAAAAUCUACCACGCGCUCUUGCGCCAAAUGCUCAUUGGUUGGACAACGAACAUGAAAGUGCCCGCUCAGAUGGGAGGCUUUCAUGGUCAGCAGGCCAGUUUUGCGACCCAUUUGUUGCGCACUUUCUGUGGCCUUGCCACUCGAGCGCAGAUGUCCUUUGGAGUGCUUUUCUUUGAUGUCAAGGCGGCAUUCCACAACAUGAUCAGGGAGCAUGCGUUUGGUGGUUCCACAUUACCGCCUCGUCUCUGUGAAGUUUUGUCUCAAGCCGACUUUGAUGUGGCGCAGCUGUGUCGUGACAUUGCACCGCAUUGUGCCCGGUUUGCUGACAUGCCCAAUUUUGCGCUCCAACAUAUUGCCUACAACAUUACCAUGCUGAACAUCUUGAAUGACAUUUUGCCGUUUCUUCGCCAGUGUGGCCCCAUGAAUGCGGCUGCUGUGCAAUUGCCUAUUUCCUCUCCAUUGAUCACCUGGGUCGAUGAUUUGGCGAUUCCAAUACCAGUGGUACGGGCUGCUGAUUUGGAUGCACAAAUUAUUGCUGUUCUGACUGAAGUGCGCCGCAUCAUGGCUUCCUAUGGCCUGCAAUUGAACAUGCAAGCAGGCAAGACUGAAUUGGUCUGCCAAUACCAUGGACCCGAUGCUGUUGCUUGUAGGCAUCGACGCUUCGUGGAACAUGCUGGGCAACUUGCGUUGCCGGAUGGCUCUUCAUUGCAUGUUGUCGGUCAAUACCAGCAUUUAGGCACGAUCUUCAGCCAGUCCAUGUCCUUGCACAACGAGCUGACUGGGCGUAUUGGCAAAGCUUCGGCGGCCUUUCGGCAAAUGUCACGAGCCAUUUUCAACAACAAGAAGAUCGCUCCUGCAGUGCGCUUACAGUUGCUUGAGUCCCUUGUACUCUCCAUUGUGUUCUAUGGAUCGGGAACUUGGCCACUGCUCAACCAUCGCAUGUACACGAAGCUUGCUCAUGUCAUUACUCAAUGGCAGCGUCGUAUUGUUGCAGAUGCGCUUUCUGUUCGAUUGGCCAAACAUCGUUUGUUGUACGCCUUCAAGAUGGUUCAGAAUGCCCCGCAAGACCUUAUUACCUGUGUUACGGCUGAAGAUGCAUCAGAUGGAGGCUCGCAUUGGUGCCUUGCCCUUCGACAUGCAAUUACAUGGCUUCGGCUUCAUGAUCCAACUGGCAUUGCUCAGACAUCAGUCGACACGACUGCGGAUUUGUUUCAAUGGUUGCAUGACCAUCGACAUGAUGGUCCAUCCUUGGUGCGGAGACUUGUCCGACGAGCUGUCAAGCAAGAUCAGCUUGCCUUUGACCUGAAGCAGAAGACCCGUCAGAUCUAUGAAGCAUGCCGACUACAAGGUGUGGUUUUUGAUCAGGUACCUGAGGAACCUCUUUUAGCCUCCAAUUCGGCAUUUGCAUGCACGUUGUGUGGCCGCGGUUUCAGUUCUGUUCAGGGACUCCAAGCACAUCGAUGGCGUCAGCACCAGAUCAUCUCCGCUGAGAGACGCUAUGUCUAUGACACUACGUGUCGCGCUUGCAAUCGUUGCUUCUGGACUGUUCAGCGCCUUCAACAGCACUUACGUUGGAGUCGUCGACAUGCAGAUGGAUGCUAUUACGUUUUGCAGCGCUACUUUCAGCCGCUUGAUGCCCCUGCACGCUGUGCCAUUCCAGAUUUUGCGCGUGGCAUUUCGCGCCUACCGGCCAGUGCUGUUGAAGGGCCAAUGCCAGAUGUGAUGCCAACCCAAUGGCAAUGUCAGCAACAAGCCCGCAGAGCUCAGCUGAUGCAGCAAUGGCGCCAAUGCGGCUAUCCUGACACUUUGCCAGAUGAUUUCCAACAAAUUGUAUAUGACAAGUGCACGGAAACAACCUUAUGUUGGAGGCAGAACACAAAUCUUGCCGAUCUAUGUGAGGAUCAUUUGAUGCACCAGUGGCUCACGGCUUUGGAUGAUCUUGCAGACGCUGAUGCAGGCUUGACUCACCUGGCUACUUGGGCCUUUCUGUUGUGGGGACAGACGAUCCUCCCUGACUUGGUGGAAUGCACUGAAGAUCCUGACUUCCAGAUCUGUAUGGACAAUGCCUUCUUUGAGGUGGCCAAGCUCUUUGAGAUGGAUGAGCUUUUGACGGCCUUUGAUAAACUUGCACGUGCACGUGAACCAGAUGCUCCCAUGUUGGAUCCGCCUCCUGUGACCACUGACUCUCGUCAGAAGGUGUCCCUUGAGCCCUUUCCAAGUGGGUAUUGCGAUCAAGCACAACUCCUACGACCAGUUGCUCCCCCAGUAUUGACAUGGCCUGAUGCAGCGGCAGUUCCAGUUGUUUUGGGCUACCACGAGAAGCCUACACUGUUUGUACUGCACAUGUUUUCUGGGAGACGGCGAGCCUUUGAUUGCCAUCAUUGGAUCGAAACCCUUGCACCUCUCUUGCUGCCGGAGUUUCAUGUGGUAUCCCUUUCCAUGGAUACAGCCAUUGACACCAAGUUGGGUAACCUUUUGGAAGGAGCAAGCUUCAACCAUGCUGUGGAUCUAGCACGUGGCCAUGCUUUUGCUCUGGGCAUGACUGGGCCACCAUGCGAGACAUGGACGGCAGCUCGGCAUAUUAUGUGCGAAGAGCUGCGAGGUAAAGGCCCCCGUCCUUUACGUUCCUGUCAGCAUGCAUGGGGACUCAUUGGUUUGUCGAUGCGCGAACUCUGCCAGCUUGGAACAGGUUCAGGGCUGAUGCUACACAGCUUGCUUUUGGAGGUAUUGAUCUCAUUAGCUGGAGGUGGCAGCAUUAUGGAGCAUCCAGCGUUGCCGGACAAUGAAGAGUUCGCUUCGAUCUGGCGCACCACGAUCCACCGCCUUUUGAUCAUGCGUGCUCCGAUGGCUCAUUUGGUGCGCAUCGAGCAGUGGCGCUAUGGAGCAAUGUCGGUGAAACCGACCAUCCUGAGAGGCUUAGGAUUGCCCAAACUGGCGAAGUAUCUGCACGAGUGUAGAAAGCCCGGUUUGACGAGACCCACGGCUGUCCUAGCUGGUUUCGAUCGCACCAAAGGGUGCUUCAGAACUGCAGCGGCAAAGGAAUACCUUGCCGGCCUUUGCGAAGCAUUGGUGCGAUCAGCCUUUCAAAGCCUCAGGCUUCGCCUGCAACGCUCUGGCACGAAAUCUGUACAGUGGCAAACCUUCGAUCCCAACGCCCGUUCGUGGGCCCAGGCGCUGGCACAUCGGAGUGAAACUGCAUUUUUGUCAUCUUUCCUUCCUGAUUAUCAACCGCUGUAA